AUGUCAAACCCCAGCGGCCCAUCUCACCGCAAUGUCGCAAGUAUUCGAUCACCACCAAGCACGAAUCCAGCUGCACCAGCAAGUCCCCAUACACCACUUCGCACCAUCACGUCAGCAUUUGGUUCGCCGUCCGCCAUACGCGCUGAAGAAGAACAUGUUAUAAUCGAGUUGGGCAGCCGAUAUCUCAGAGCUGGCAUUGCAGGUGAUGCAUUGCCAAAGGCAGUGUUAGAUUUCGGGCCUGAUAGCCAAAGAAGAGCUGGAGAUUAUAGAAAAUGGAGUGUAGGCUACGACAAAGCGUGGCGGGAGAGAAUACGAGAGGGGGAAUGGGGUGAGCCAUAUGAGCUCUGGAGGCCAGAUUUGCGGGGAUUGGAUCUGGGACUCGUAGCCGAUAAGCUUGAGAGAGCUGUGAGAGAAAUUGCAAAAUACCUAAUAGUUGACGUUCGGCCAAGGCGGGUUACGUUGGUAUUACCAUCAGCGUUACCCUUACCCCUUUUAUCGACGAUACUAGAUACGCUUUUCACUAGCUUUCUCACCCCCACGAUAUCUCUGAUGCCCGCGCCAGGUCUUGUUCCUGCAGCGGCAGGUCUACGAUCUGCGCUUGUAGUAGAUAUAGGCUGGGCUGAGACAGUUGUAUCAGGCAUCUAUCAAUAUCGGGAAGUGCAAAGUACACGAUCAACUAGAGCUACCAAGAUGCUCGGAGAAGAGAUGAACAACAUGCUCGCGGAGAUGAUCGAUCCGGCCUCAUCACCCGCGGCCUCGGAAGAUCCACAGAACAGCAAACAUGCUCGAGACGUGUUAAGCUUCGAGGAAUGUGAAGAAAUUAUUUCCCGCAUGGCAUGGUGCAAACCUGUGGAGAGAGGGGAACAUAAAGCUCCAUUCCAGGGCCUCACGCCGGUCAAGGAAGAGGAUGAAUUAAGAGCAAGCGUGAGAUCUCUACAUAUCAGUAGUGCGGAGGAAACAGACCCUGUAGUCUCUAUCCCACUAGCCUCGACAAAGUCAUGUCGGACCCUUCGACUUCGAUUCUCUAAGCUGGCAGAGCCUUGCGAAAAGGUGCUUUUCGCUGAUGGAACGGCGCCCGAAAAUCUAGAUGACGAAGAAAUGCCUUUACACUUACUAGUCUAUCGAAGCCUUCUCAAGCUUCCUCGGGAUGUUCGAUCGGUCUGCAUGUCACGCAUUAUUUUCGUUGGAGGAGGCUCGAACCUGCCUGGGCUGAAACGCCGUGUUAUGGACGAGGUAGCCAUUCUUAUUGAACAACGGGGGUGGGAUCCAGUACAAGGAAAAGCAAUAGACGGACUUCGAAAUAACCCGAAGCUACAGAGGACACGGAGCAGGCAAGCCAGCAACAGUCCUACACCGGUCUUACACCUAGAUGCCACGCCUGCAUCAAUGCAGGACCAAGAACCUGACGAAAUUGGAACCGUACUGAACAAACAGGCAAGGGACCGUGACCCUCCAAAUGACAUGGGCCAGCUUCGAGCCGUUGAAUCUCUAGGGGCUUGGUCGGGCGGCAGUCUGCUUUCACAUCUGAAAAUACCCGCCGUCUCGGUGGUUGAGCGAGAGCAAUGGCUUCUGCAUGGAGCUGCAGGCGCGUCGAGAACUGGCGAGAUAACAGUGAGUACUCAACGGCAGAGCAUGGGUCCAGGAGCUUUUAAUGUAAAGUCUGGUGCUGGAGAUAGAUCAAGCUGGACAUUAGGACUAUGGGGCUAA